CUAUAUUUAUCUCCCUGUUUUCUCGAUGGGACAAAUGUAGGCUGCUUUGAUGGUAUGAUGAUGCCAAAUAUAAGAACAUCAGCUUAAGAAAGAGAGUUCUGAGCUCUGAAAUGAGAGCGAGGAAGACUGGUAUGGCAGACGUCAAACCUUUCAGUUCAGGAGCAGGGUGAGAAGUGUGAGAACAGCAUAAUGUGGUGCUUGUGGAAGUGAACUCUGCAGUUCGACUGCCUGGUUUUGAACUUGCCAGCUGGGUGACCUUCGUGGCGGCACCUGACUUGCUGGAUCCAAAAUCUGCCGCUCAGAACUCCAAACCGAGGCUCUCGUUUUCCACGAAACCCACAGUGCUUGCUUCUCGAGUGGAGAGUGACACGACCAUUAAUGUUAUGAAAUGGAAGACGGUCUCGACGAUUUUCCUGGUGGUCGUCCUCUAUCUGAUCAUCGGGGCCACCGUGUUCAAGGCGCUGGAGCAGCCUCACGAGAGUGCACAGAGAACCACCAUUGUGAUCCAGAAGCAGACGUUCAUUUCCCAGCACGCCUGCGUCAAUUCGACUGAGCUGGACGAGCUCAUCCAGCAAAUAGUGGCAGCAAUAAAUGCAGGGAUUAUACCAUUAGGAAACACCUCCAAUCAAAUCAGUCACUGGGACUUGGGAAGUUCCUUCUUCUUUGCUGGCACUGUUAUUACAACUAUAGGGUUUGGAAACAUCUCACCUCGCACAGAAGGGGGCAAAAUAUUCUGUAUCAUCUAUGCCUUACUGGGAAUUCCGCUCUUCGGCUUUUUGUUGGCUGGAGUUGGAGACCAACUAGGGACCAUAUUUGGAAAAGGGAUUGCAAAAGUGGAAGAUACGUUUAUUAAGUGGAACGUUAGUCAGACCAAGAUUCGCAUCAUCUCAACCAUCAUCUUUAUACUGUUCGGCUGCGUGCUCUUCGUUGCUCUGCCCGCGAUCAUAUUCAAGCACAUAGAAGGCUGGAGUGCCCUGGACGCCAUUUAUUUUGUGGUUAUCACUUUAACAACCAUUGGAUUUGGCGACUACGUUGCAGGCGGAUCGGACAUCGAAUAUCUAGACCUCUAUAAGCCUGUCGUGUGGUUCUGGAUCCUCGUGGGGCUCGCUUACUUCGCCGCCGUCCUGAGCAUGAUCGGGGACUGGCUCCGAGUGAUCUCGAAAAAGACGAAGGAAGAGGUGGGAGAGUUCAGAGCCCACGCUGCUGAGUGGACAGCCAACGUCACGGCCGAGUUCAAGGAAACCCGGAGGCGGCUGAGUGUGGAGAUUUAUGACAAGUUCCAGCGCGCCACCUCCAUUAAGCGGAAGCUCUCCGCGGAACUGGCUGGGAACCACAACCAGGAGCUGACACCUUGUAGGAGGACCCUGUCCGUGAACCACCUGGCCACCGAGAGGGAUGUCUUGCCUCCUUUACUGAAAACUGAAAGUAUCUAUUUGAACGGAUUGACGCCACACUGUGCAGGCGAGGAAAUUGCUGUUAUUGAGAAUAUUAAAUAGCCUUCUCUUUGAAGAGCCUUAGGCGUAGCCAUAGGUGAGGACUUCUAUAUGCUCUUUAAGACUGUUGCUGGUAGCAUUUUUAAAAUUGUGCAUGAACUCCAAAGGGGGGGGGGAAAGAGAUACACCCAUCAUCAUGGCCAUCUACCAUCGAGAGGAUUUGGAAUUCUGAGCCAGCACUAUCUUUUUGAUGAUGCUUGUGGAGCAGUCCACUUCCUGUGACCAGUGGAAUAAAACAAGCAAUGUCUGAUGCCUUUUUGUGCCCAGACUGUUCUCCUCCCUUUUCCCUGACGUGCCAUAAGGCUUCAGAGUGAAUGAUAAUUGUUCCUGGUAAUCAUGUAGCUUCGAGGGAUCAGUCCUUAACCUUUCAGGGUCUACCUAACUGAGCCUAGAUAUGGACAACUUACGGAAGACAACAUUUCUGUUUGUAAAUGGCAAGGGAUUCUUACGCAGCCUUUCACCUAAGAAAUUUUCUGUCAGUGCCUUAUCUUAAGAAGAAACAGAACCUCUCUAGCUAAUGUGUGGUUUCUCCUUCCCCGCCCCACCCGUAGGCUCACCUGCAGUCCUUUACCCCGGGACUCCCAUUUGAAUACCCUACCUUGCUGGAAACAGCGUGUAAGUGACUGAAGUGAUGAUUCCCGAAGAAGGAGUAGAUGCCAAGUUAGAUGGACAUUGAAGCAACACUCAGAAACCCUAGCGUAAAAGGCACUGCAGAGGAAGGAGGUGCCCAGAUGGCCCCUCUGAGUAUUUAUUUGACUCAGGUACCAGCGGUACAUACACACAGUGUAAUUAUUACCUGGCCGGUAAAAAUGGCUGCUCCCAGUCUCUUUUUCCCUGGCAGUAUUUGGAAUUUACCAUUUAUUAAUAACUAUAUAUUUUUAAAGGUGGAAGAAGAAAAUCCAUAUAUAUAUGCAUAUGUAUAUAUAUAUACAUAUAUAUAUAUGAUCAGACAGAAGAGAACUGUAAAAAAUGGAUAUUACUAGAGGCAACUUAAGACAAUUGGUGUGAAUUACCAUUCUGAUAAAAAGAAGAUAGCAAACCAGUGUGUUACAAGCAUUUGCUAAUAAACAUUAUACUGCCAGCAUUGAUUUGCUUUUUGUUGUAUGAAAGGCUUAUAUGAUUUUCUUUCCUUGGAUGACAUUUGCCAGAUGGGGGGAGGAGAGGCAGCAGGCAGGGCCGGGCAUGGGCCUGGCCCUCCGUGGGUGUCCCUCUGGAGUCGUGAUUGGGUUGAAACUGGGACCACUGUGACUUUGCCUAAGGAAAAUGCGGGCUGUAGGCAUAACUCGGACAUUAGAGAAAAAGCUGUUAUAGCACAAUUUACAUCUUGAGAGGUUUUGUUUUGUUUUGUUUUUUAAUAGAAAAGGCCGAUAAUCCUUUUUAGUUUAAUUUGAUAGCCUGUAACUCUUUGGAUGUUUCCAAAAUUCAGAAGAAAUUCAGUAAAGGCACCUAAUAGAUUGCUACUCUUUCUUUUAUUUUCAUACUUAGAUCUGCUGUACAUUGUAUAUAUAAUUUUGAAAAUGCAGAAAGAAAAUGAUUUCCCUGAAUAUAAUUAUAAGACAUUUCUUUUACUAUUGGGGGGUAUCUAAAUAAGUGGCAUUCAUAUUAGAGUCUUAAUAAAAAGCCCGGGAUCUUAAAAUAAAAACAACUUAAUAGAUGCUUAUUUUCCAAAAGUUAAAUUUAAGCUACAAUUGUACAUAUUCAAUUAACUUGUUAAAGGUACUUUUAUAAACUGAAAAAAAUUCUAACUGAAAUUUUAGAAGGUCAGGCUCUUUUAGAAAGAAAGCUACAUCCAUUUCCUCAAUAACUGUUCUGGAAGUUCGUAUGGUGGAUUGCACCAUGUAUAAACUGUGAAUUGUACUGACAAAUAAAGUU